UGAUGCCACGCGCGCGCUGGCGGCGGCGGCUCCCGGAGGUUGGGGGGGACGGGUUCGCGCCUGCGCAGUGCGCGCACCACCACCACCACCGGCGAAUGAAGCGCAGAGCCCCGAGGGCGGAUGAGGCAGUUGCGUGGGUGACUGUCCACGGGCAAGAUCAAGAACAAUGGGACUCCGAUGCUAGAGUGUCAUGGGUGGUAUAAGAUUCCACUAUUUCUGUUAUGGAUGUCUGUUUUCUUCUUUGAUUUGGACCUUCCUCCUUUUCGUCUAUUUCAAUUUAAACUGGGAAAAAUAUACUUUGAAUAAUGUGCCCUUCCAGGGGAAUCCAGGUGUUGCUCAGAAUUUCCAGCCUCCAAUAACUCGGAGUCAAAAAUGGUUUCCUGAAUUUCUGCAACAAGGGGAUAAGUUUAUGAAACCUAUACACAAAGAGUUCAAGAAAUUUCAACAUUCUCCAGAGCUGGGAAGGAUCUUCAAUGAAGCCGAUCAGGAGAUACGGGAUAUGGGGUUCAAGAAACACGCAUUCAACUUGCUCAUCAGUAAUCGUCUGGGCUAUCAUCGGGAUAUACCUGAUACCAGAGACCCAAGAUGUAAAGAAAAAAACUACCCAAUCAAUUUACCAUCUGCAAGCAUCAUUAUCUGUUUUUAUAAUGAAGCAUUAUCAACACUGCUUCGGACAAUUCAUAGCAUUUUGGAUCGAACUCCUGCCCAUCUUUUGCAUGAAAUUAUCCUAGUAGACGACAGGAGUGAUUUCAUCGAAUUGAAAGAUGAGUUGGAGCAGCAUUUUGCUGAUAACCAUUUUAAAGUGAAGCUGAUAAGGAAUGUAAUGCGAGAAGGAUUAAUACGGAGCAGAAUAGUUGGAUCGUCUCAUGCAACAGGUGAUGUGCUGGUGUUUAUUGACAGUCACUGUGAAGUCAAUGAGAUGUGGUUGCAACCUCUUCUGGCUGUAAUCAAGGAGGAUUACCACACUGUAGUGUGCCCACUAAUUGAUAUCAUCAAUGCUGAUACACUAAUCUACAGCUCAUCUCCAAUAGUGAAAGGCGGGUUUAAUUGGGGACUGCACUUCAAAUGGGAUCCUGUGCCUGCUGCAUUGCUGAAUGGACCUAAUGGAGCAACUGAACCAUUCAAAUCACCUACAAUGGCAGGAGGACUGUUUGCAAUGAACCGGGAUUACUUCAAUAAACUUGGGCAAUAUGACAGUGGCAUGGAUAUUUGGGGAGGGGAAAACUUGGAAAUUUCCUUUAGGAUUUGGAUGUGUGGUGGGCAGCUGAAAAUAGUUCCGUGUUCACGUGUUGGACAUAUUUUCCGCAAAUGGCGUCCAUAUGGUUCACCAGGCAGAGUGGAUACCAUGGCUUACAACUCCCUGCGUCUGGCUUAUGUCUGGAUGGAUGAAUACAAGGAGCAAUUCUUAUCCUUGAGACCAGAGUUGAGGAAGCAAAGUUAUGGUGACAUCAGUGAACGUAUAGAGUUGAGAAAGAAGCUGAACUGUACAUCGUUCAAGUGGUAUCUAGACAAUGUCUACCCAGAAAUGGAAGUUAAUAGGCCAAAUGAAAAAACAAAAGUUGAACAGGCGCUAUUUGUUAAUAAAAAUCCCAAGCGAUCUAAAAUACUGCAGCAGGGAAGGCUGUACAAUCUACAGACAAGUAAAUGUCUGGCUGCCCAGAAAUAUCCUGAUCAAAAAGGAGGAAAAGUGGUGGUUAAAGAUUGUGAUUGGACAGAUUCAAAUCAGGUUUGGAUUUAUAAUGAAGAACAGGAUCUGAUUCUGGCCAACCUUCUUUGUUUGGACACAUCUGAAGGCCACUCAUCAGACUCUCCUCGUCUCAUGAAAUGUCAUGGUAGUGGAGGAUCACAGCAGUGGACUUUAGGGGUUAAUAAUUCCUUAUAUCAGAUAUCGGCUGGACAGUGUCUAAAAGUGAUUGAUCCUGAUAGUCCUAAAGGAUAUGUUGCCAUGGCAAUUUGUGAUGGUUCUGGAUCGCAGCAGUGGAAGUUGGGUAACUGAUCAAAAAUUCAAAGGCUCCAUGUGGAACAUUUAGACAACUGCCUGAGACUGUUUCCGAGAUGUAACAGUGUAGAAAGGACAGAAUUAAUGUUUGAAGUAGAGACGCUGAGGAUCUUGGUACAAUUACUCACUUUUAAUUGGGUGAACUGGAAUUUUAUCAAAGCAUUUUGACCAUUUUUCACAUUAGACUCUUUUACCACUAUUGCAAGAUGAAACUUUUAACUUAGGAGAAAAAAAAGGAAAGAACCAUGUUUUUAUUUAGAGGGGAAAAAAAAAGCCAAAUAUUCAGCCUUGAGUAUGAUGGUAACUUAAAAGAACAUCAUAUUUAAAGUAAAUUUCCUCGGUGACUCGAAUGGUAAAUAUAACUGCCCUAUAAACUGUGUCUUGCAGGCCAAGUGUAAUAUUUGAUGCCUCAUCUGUGUUGACAUUGAUGAUUUCUGGUUAGGUGCAGUAAAGAUGCUGCACUCUGCUGCCUUCCUUUGGACGAGAUAGGAAAAAUCAGUCCAGGUUCCGGCUUUGCUGAUUCUCAACUGUUAUGCAGGGUUGGAAAGUAAGUGUGCUUGUGGCAGGAUCUGAUUUGACCACAGUAGCUCCAACAGUUGAAUUGUCUGCCAUAACUCCUCAUUUGAGCUUGUAUGACAAAUGAGUGGCCUCCUGAUGCAAUAUGAUAAAAGUAGCUGGCAAUCAUGGAACUGUACCAAAGCAUACAUAAAGGAAAAAUAUCAAAUUAGCCUGGUAUAAAUUAACUUAAAGUUAUCAAUCUGUUUUUUUCUGAAUUAAGUGCACCAUUUCUAAUGACACAUAUUGAAUAUGCCUUUUGUCACUUCCUGCUCUAUUCAGAGGAAUGUGUCCGAAAAGAGGGCAGCAAUGUUAUUUGGUCACAGGUUUGCAACUUAAACUUCUUCAGAAAUUAUGAAAAUAAAUGAAUUUGUCCAUUUAAAGUCAUGUUUUAAUGGUCAAUGUUUGUAAAAUAGUUAAAAUCAUAGUUGUAUUAUAUAAUAAAGACAGCUAAUUAAAGUGAUAGCACUAAUUUGA